CAUAUCCGUCCAGUGGUUCUCGUGUUGAGUCGGGUGGACAGACAGACAGGAACAACCCAUAAAUCAUUCUCUUUGUGCACCUCGUGAAAAAAAUGCAUAAUAAAUAAUAAUAUUAUCAGCAAUAAGAAGAGGCGUGGACUGAGAAUUGAGUACAUUGGUUAGCAUGGAGCUGUAGUGUUGAGUGUUUAUUACCUUGAGGAGGGUGUGUGAUCGGAGAAGGAAGUAAUGUGUGGGAGUAUGGAAGCAGUUGUGAGCGAUUUAUUAAUUUCGUUUUAAGAGAACAGAGUAAUUCAGAAACUGGACAUGCUCCCUACUGAUGUAUUGAGACUGAAAAGUCUGUAAAUAAAAUUAAAGACUUAAUGUGUAGAUUUAUGUCAUGUGUCUCUCUAAGCUAAUGAACCAUAACCAAACGAAAUUAAAUUAAGCCAGACGUAACAAGGAAUCAGCAUUUGUGUGGCACCAUACUGCAGUCUUCACAUGCAGUCAUCAACAAUGGCUACUGAAAAGGUUACACUCACUGAUGCUUUGUCAAAUGUUGAUGUUUUGGAUGAACUUACAUUACCAGACGAACAGCCAUGUAUUGAGGCUCAGCCAUGUUCUGUGGUGUAUCAAGCAAAUUUUGAUACAAACUUUGAAGACAGGAAUGGUUUUGUCACAGGAAUUGCAAAGUAUAUUGAAGAAGCUACUGUACACGCAAGCUUGAAUGAGCUUCUUGAGGAGGGUUUAGUUCAUGCUGUAAUGUUGUACACGUGGCGGUGCUGCUCACGCGCCAUUCCUCAGCCGAAAUCAAAUGAGCAGCCAAAUCGUGUCGAGAUAUACGAGAAGACAGUAGAGGUUUUAGCACCGGAGGUAAACAAACUUCUGAACUUCAUGUAUUUCCAGCGGAAAGCUAUUGAGAGGUUCUCUGCAGAAGUAAAAAGGUUAUGUCAUCAAGAAAAAAGAAAAGAUUUUGUUUCAGAAGCUUACCUCCUGACACUUGGCAAGUUUAUCAAUAUGUUUGCCGUUUUGGACGAGCUCAAGAAUAUGAAAUCCAGUGUCAAGAAUGAUUAUUCAACGUACAGGCGGGCAGCACAGUUCUUGAAAGUGAUGGCAGAUUCGCAGACCCUUCAAGAGUCCCAGAACCUUUCCAUGUUCUUAGCAACACAGAAUAAGAUUCGAGAUACUGUGAAAGAAAAUUUGGAAAAAAUUCCUGGCUAUGAAGAGUUGCUGGCAGAUGUGGUCAACAUAUGCGUUCACAUGUUUGAAACGAAAAUGUAUCUGACUCCUACUGAGAAACACAUGUUGGUUAAAGUAAUGGGGUUUGGCCUCUUUCUUAUGGACAGUGAACUCUGUAACAUAAACAAACUUGAUCAGAAGAAGAAACUGAAACUUGAGAAGAUAGACCGAAUUUUCAAGAAUCUGGAGGUGGUUCCUUUGUUUGGUGAUAUGCAAAUUGCUCCAUUCAAUUACAUAAAGCGUAGUAAACAUUUUGAUCCUUCUAAGUGGCCUCUGUCCAGCUCCAAUAGCAUCAGUCCUCAAGCAGAUCUCAUGGUGCAUUUGCCACAGAUACGAGAAGAUCACGUCAAAUACAUCAGUGAAUUGGCACGGUACAGUAAUGAGGUUACUACAACAUACAAGGAGACUCGUAGUGACGCAGAGAAUAAAGAGACAGCGGAUCUAGCACUCCGCGGCCUGCAGUUGCUUUCUGAAUGGACCAGUGUUGUUACAGAACUGUACUCAUGGAAACUUCUUCAUCCCACAGAUCACCAUCAAAACAAAGACUGUCCUCAGGAGGCUGAGGAAUAUGAGAGAGCCACAAGGUAUAAUUAUACAGAUGAAGAAAAGUUUGCCUUGAUCGAAGUAAUAGCCAUGAUCAAAGGCUUGCAAGUUCUUAUGGCACGGAUGGAAACCGUAUUUACUGAUGCUAUCCGUCGCAAUAUCUAUGCUGAGCUGCAGGAUUUUAUACAACUUUUGCUACGUGAACCACUCCGCAAAGCCAUAAAAAACAAAAAGGAUCUUAUUAGGAGUAUCAUUGUGUCUGUGCGUGAAACCUGUGCUGAUUGGCAACGAGGUGUCGAGCCACAAGCGGACCCAGCGUUAAAGGGCAAGAAAGACCCAGACAAUGGUUUUGGCAUUAAAGUACCUCGCAGAAAUGUUGGGCCCUCAUCCACUCAAUUAUACAUGGUGAGAACCAUGUUGGAGUCAUUGAUUGCAGACAAGUCUGGUGGUAAACGGACUUUACGCAAGGAUAUUGAUGGUCAGUACUUGGUACAGAUUGAUCAAUUCCACAAGACAUCGUUCUACUGGAAUUACAUGCUGGCGUUCAGUGCCUCCUUGCAAGACUGCUGUGACCUGUCCCAGCUGUGGUAUCGAGAGUUCUAUCUUGAGAUGACCAUGGGUCGUAGAAUACAGAAGUGUACUGUGAGACAUCAACAUAAUGAAGAAUGCAGUGACCUCAUCACCAUGGAGAAACGUAUCCAGUUUCCCAUCGAGAUGUCGAUGCCAUGGAUUCUCACUGAUCACAUCCUCAGAACAAAAGAACCAUCCAUGAUGGAGUAUGUGCUGUACCCACUGGACCUCUACAAUGACAGUGCAGUAUACGCCCUCACAGUGUUUCGCAAGCAAUUCCUCUAUGAUGAAGUGGAAGCUGAAGUUAAUCUUUGUUUUGAUCAGUUUGUCUACAAGCUCAGUGAACAGAUUUUUGCCCACUACAAGCAACUAGCAGCCAGCAUCUUGCUGGACAAACGUUUCCGGGUGGAGUGCGUGGCGUUAGGGACAUACUUGCUGCCUUAUCCUCGAGCAAAUCGUUACGAAACGCUUCUAAAACAGAGACAUGUUCAGCUGUUGGGCCGUUCUAUUGACCUCAACAAGCUGAUUACCCAGCGCAUCAAUGCUGAUAUGCAGAAAUCAUUGGAUCUAGCAGUCAGCAAGUUUGAAGCAGGUGACAUCACAGGGAUUGUGGAAUUGGAUGGACUGCUGCAGGUGAACCGAUUAUGUCACAAAUUACUGUCAAAGCAUCUUGCAUUGGAUGACUAUGAUGCCAUGUUCAGAGAGGCUAAUCACAAUGUGCUGGCUCCUUAUGGUCGUAUCACACUUCACGUCUUCUGGGAACUCAAUUACGAUUUCCUGCCAAACUACUGCUACAAUGCAGCAACCAACCGAUUUGUCAAGUGCCGUGGUAUUACAUUCACUCAACCAGUGCAUCGGGACAAACCUCCGCAAAUGGGUCAUCACUAUCUGUGGGGAAGCAAACAACUGAACUUGGCCUAUAGCACCAUAUAUGGACAGUAUGCAGGUUUUGUGGGUGCCACCCAUUUCCGGACUAUGUGCCGGCUGUUGGGUUACCAAGGCAUUGCAGUUGUCAUGGAAGAACUGCUCAAAAUAGUCAAGAGCUUGGUGCAAGGAAACCUGUUGCAGUUCACAAAAACUUUAAUGGAAGCCAUGCCCAAAAUUUGCAAACUGCCUAGAUAUGACUAUGGUUCUCCUGGUGUGCUUGGAUAUUAUCACGCUCAACUGAAUGAUAUUGUCCAGUAUCCAGAUGCACGAACCGAGUUGUUUCAUAGCUUCCGUGAAUUCGGGAACACGAUAUUGUUCUGCCUGUUGAUGGAGCAAGCGUUGUCGCAGGAAGAAGUGUGUGACCUCCUGCAUGCAGCCCCAUUCCAGAACAUUUUACCGAGGCCAUACUGCAAAGAUGGUGAGAAGCCUGAGACGAAACAGAAGCGACUGGAAGCCAAGUAUGCAGCUCUUCAGAUUGUUCCCAACAUUGAGAAGCUUGGUACUCCCAAGCAAGCUAUGAUUGCACGUGAAGGUGAUCUGUUGACAAGGGAGCGUCUUUGCUGUGGAUUGUCCAUUUUUGAAGUUGUCCUGAGUCGAUUGCGCAGUUUCCUGGAUGACCCCAUUUGGGUUGGCCCCCCACCUGCAAAUGGUGUCCUCAAUGUUGAUGAAUGUACAGAGUUCCACAGACUGUGGUCUGCCUUGCAGUUUGUGUACUGUAUUCCAGUAGGUGACACCGAAUUCACUGUUGAGGAAUUGUUUGGUGAAGGGCUGAACUGGGCAGGUUGCACCAUGAUAGUGUUGUUGGGACAGCAGCGACGCUUUGAGGCACUUGACUUCUGCUACCAUAUACUACGUGUGCAGCGUGUGGAUGGGAAAGACGAAAAUGUUAAAGGAAUUGCUCUGAAAAGGAUGGUGGACCGCAUUCGCCGCUUCCAAGUGCUCAAUUCACAGAUAUUUGCAGUACUCAACAAGUUCCUGAAAUCAAGUGACUCUGAUGUGAUGGCAGUUGAGCAUGUACGAUGUUUUCCUCCACCAUUGCAUCCUACAUUGGCAGCCCAGGCCCACUAUUAUCGCCCUGAACAUCUCCGUCAGGCUGUUCCACACUGAAUUCUGGGAAUCCGAAAUGUGAUAUUUCAUUAUUCAUCACAUGUAAUAUUUAGAAUUCAUCUGCAUAUAACCAUUUAAUAUUGUGUUUCCAUCUCUGUGAGAUGAACGUUAACAGGGCACAAUCUGGGCCAUGUGUCAAUUUGCUCCCAAAUGUUAGGGAUCUCCAGGUACAAGUUCUCGAAUAAAUUUAUUUUAAUCAAAUGAAGAGCACGCUCAAAACACUUAGUAAACUUGUGCUGCAAAAUUACCGUCAAGGUAACUCAUUGAAUAUCUGUUUCUGUCUUUUAAGAACUAAUUUUUGGUUGUGAUUGGUUUAUUCAGUUACACUGACACAAAACCAAUCUUGGCCCUAAAGACAACUUUCUAAGGUUAGCUUUUCAGGUGACACCAGAAUUUUGUGUGGUGAAACUUUGUGGUGUGCCAUCAUGUAUCUUUGGGUGUGUCACAGUGAAAACAGUUUGCACAACACCAGGUUAGUAUAAAUUGCUGGUCUGCAGACUCUUUGAUCUGGGGAAGUAGUGGUCUUGGGAUAAGUUGCUGGACCGCUGAGCCAGAGGCAUGUAAAGAUGGUUGUCUUAUGGUUUGUAGUGCUGUAGGAGGACCUCUGAAAUGUUAGUGAACUUCUGCCACACUGCAUGGCCCUACAAUCCAGAAGACAGCGAUCUUCAUACCACCAUGAGAACCUCAAAUCAUGUUACAGAGGCCUCUGGUUUGAGACUGGCCAGAUCCAAUGUACAUUUUUCUAGAUCCCUUUAUCUUUCCUUUUCUUUGAUAAAAAUUUACUCUCAAAUGUGAGGAAUGUCGGAGUCAUAUUUAUCUAAAGUUUGCCAAUGUCUGUUCCUGUUCAUCAUGCACUAUAUAAUAUUACAAAUUUAUAUACAAAUUAUUGUCUUAAAACCUUUUGUAAUAUAACUUUGUGAACAAGUGUUUUUCUUAUGGCACAUUCUUGUUAGCAACUCCUUGAUUAGAUGGUCCAAAGAUUCAAUUUUAUGGAACCUAAUGUUCAUUACUUUUCUGAAAAUUCCACCAUUGGA